AGAUAGCAAGUAAAUAAUUUCCCCCAAUUUCAGCAGGAUAUAAACUCCAUCCUUCAUCCCCCUUUCCAUCCCACUGACUUCCACUCUCACUUCCCCAAUUUGCGAACCACUUCCAAAGGGGAAAACCACUUACGAUUAAAUACAAAUUCUCACCGGAAAACGCAAUCCCAGUUACAGAAUGUAUUCGGAUUCGGAUUCGGAUUUUAGCAUGUCAGUUCUCGAUUCGAUCCGUUAUCAUCUACUCGGAGAGGAAGCAGAGCCAGUGAGCCCUGAGGUGCAGUCCUCCGCGGUGAGCUUACCGCAGCGGACCUAUAACCGGACGGCGAGCUUCGGGAGCAUCGUCAGAGAGCACUGGGGCGAGCUUCCGUUCCGCGCCGACGACUCCGAUGACAUGGUCGUCCUCGGGUUCCUCUGCGAUGCCUUCAGUAAGGGAUGGGUCCCCGAUGGGGCUGCCUCGCCGGAGGUCAAGAUCGAGCCGGUGGAGUCGGAGCCGGUGGUGGAGGAGGUGUUGCCAGCGGCGCCGGUGCCGACGAAGGGGAAACAUUAUAGAGGAGUGAGACAGAGACCAUGGGGGAAAUUCGCGGCGGAGAUUAGGGAUCCGGCGAAGAAUGGAGCGAGGGUUUGGUUGGGGACCUUUGAGACGGCGGAGGAUGCGGCGAUGGCGUAUGAUCGGGCGGCGUUUCGGAUGAGAGGGUCGCGAGCGUUGCUUAACUUCCCGCUGAGAAUCAGAGCCGAGGAUGCAGCGGCCAUGGCGUCAGCGCCAUCCGUGGGAGGGAAGCGAGCCUCGCCGGAGCGAUCUCCAUUGUACUCUUCAUCAUCAUCAUCAUCAUCAUCAUCAUCUUCUUCUUGUUCUUCUUCUUCGUCAUCAACGGAGAAGCCAUCACCGAAGAGAAGGAGGAGAGGAGAAGCGGCGGCAGCGACGGCGGCGAUGUUUGGGGCUCCUGCUCCGGGCCCAGUUCCGGUAAUGGUUGGGCCGGUUUCAGCGUUGACACGUGUCGGUGAGCUUCUGGUUAGUUAAGUGGAGAAGAAGCUAAUGUGAAAACAAGAGCUUUUGAGUUCACUCCUCAUUUUCCGAAUGGAAAAUUAAAAAAUUAGAAAAAAAAAGGGAAUAAUUAAUGGGGCAAAAAAA